AUGGGGGUGCUCGCCGACAGGCUCAGGGCCUUCUCCACCAACCGAUGGCUCGUCUUCGUCGCCGCAAUGUGGCUGCAGUCCAUGGCCGGCAUCGGCUACCUCUUCGGCGCCAUCUCGCCCAUCCUCAAGGCCGCGCUCGGCUACAACCAGCGCCACGUGGCGGCGCUCGGCAUCGCCAAGGACCUCGGCGACUGCGUCGGCUUCCUCGCCGGCUCGCUCUCCGCCAUGCUGCCCGCCUGGGCCAUGCUGCUCAUCGGCGCCCUGCAGAACUUCCUCGGAUACGGAUGGCUCUGGCUCAUAGUCACCAAGCAGGCGCCGCCGCUGCCCCUCUCCAUGAUGUGUGUCCUUAUUUUUGUUGGAACCAACGGCGAGACAUAUUUCAACACAACUUCACUGGUUACAUGCAUCCAGAAUUUCCCAAAGAGCAGGGGCCCAACUGUGGGCAUUCUGAAAGGAUUUGCUGGGCUUAGCAGUGCAAUUCUGACUCAACUGUUUGCAGUAAUGCACACACCAGACCAUGCAACUCUUAUCUUCAUGGUCGCAGUCGGGCCGUCACUUGUUGCCAUUGGCCUCAUGUUUGUUAUAAGGCCUGUCGGGGGUCACCGACAGGUGCGGUCAUCUGACAAGAACAGCUUCAUGUUCAUCUACACCAUUUGCUUGCUCCUUGCCUCAUAUCUCGUUGGUGUCAUGCUAGUCCAAGAUUUCCUGGAAGUGAGUGAUAAUGUGGCUAUUUCUCUCACAGUGUUUCUUUUCGUCUUGCUUAUUUUACCGAUCGCGAUCCCCGUGGUCCUGACGUUUAGCUUGAAAACUGAAUAUCCAAGUCCAUAUGAAGAGGCUCUGCUGUCUGAAGCAUUAAAAGGAGAGGCAGGUACUUCACAUGAAAGGGAGGAUCAACCAGAGUUGAUUCUAAGUGAGAUGGAAGACGAGAAGCCUAAAGACAUAGACUCUUUAUCCCCAUCUGAAAGGAGAAGGAGAAUUGCAGACUUGCAGACCAAGUUAGUUCAAGCUGCAGCAAGAGGUGGGGUUAGAGUCAGGAAGGGACCACGUAGGGGGGAGAACUUCACCCUGAUGCAGGCAUUGGUCAAGGCUGAUUUUUGGCUUAUUUGGUUAUCGCUUCUGCUCGGGUCUGGAUCAGGGCUGACGGUGAUUGAUAAUUUGGGUCAGAUGAGCCAAGCUGCUGGUUUCAAAGACGGGCAUAACUUCGUGUCAUUGACGAGCAUAUGGAACUUCCUUGGUCGUGUUGGAGGUGGCUAUUUCUCUGAGAAUAUUGUCAGGGAACAUAAAUACCCAAGGCACAUAGCAUUGGCCUUAGCUCAGAUACUCAUGGCUGCUGGGCAUUUCCUCUUUGCAAUGGCUUGGCCUGGAACUAUGUACAUGGGAACCUUCCUGGUUGGGCUUGGAUAUGGCACUCACUGGGCUAUUGUGCCGGCUGCUGUUUCUGAACUUUUCGGUGUAAAACACUUUGGCGCAAUGUAUAAUUUCCUCACAGUAGCAAACCCCACAGGGUCGCUGAUCUUCUCAGGUCUCAUUGCCAGUAGCUUCUAUGACUAUGAAGCUGAGAGGCAAGCGCAGCGCCGUCAGAGCUCAGCGUCGUCGUCUCCACAGUUUCUUCAGGGCAUGGGUUUACUUGCAGAUGGGCCACUGAAGUGUGAAGGGGCUGUUUGCUUCUUUGUCAGCUCGUUGAUCAUGUCAGCGUUUUGCGUCGUGGGUGCUGGCUUGAGCCUUGUCAUUGUUUACAGGACCAAGCGAGUCUACUCUCACCUCUAUCGAUCUGUCCGGUGA